AUGUCGUCAUGGGUCAAGUCGCAUCAGUACGCCCAGAUUGAGGUAGCAGAUGAAAGUGGCGAGAAUGGUCAACGAAAAGAAUUCCGGCUGAGCCAAUGCUGGCAAAAGAGCAGAGUCCAUUUGUUUUACGCAAUACUCCUCGUCCUGGUAGCGGGCCUCAGUAGAUAUACCGCGCCCAACAGAUCCGCACCGGACUAUUACGGCGUUGAGCCCGUCAAAUCAGAAUUGCGACUACCGACUAUCAACAAAACUUUCGAGCUAGAUCUUAAGUAUGCCAUGCCGCCUUCCCCGCUGGUCGACAAAGCUUGGGCCUCGCUUCUUCCCAAGGAGGGCGGCUUCUUCCAACAUCCAGCACUCGCACCUAACAAGAGCUGCAUAGCGGUGUUUCACCAGCUUCACUGUCUCGAUCUGAUUCGGCAAGCUCUGUACGAAGCGCGUCCAGACAUCAUGGAGCAAGUCAACAACACGUCGCAUCCCGCCGACCAUCAGGCAGAUCACGAUGCUUCUCCCGAUCACAACCACGUCAAGGACAUGUAUCAUAUCGGUCACUGCAUCGACCUCGUCCGCCAGUCUAUAAUAUGCAGACCCGAUCUGACUGUGGAAGUCGGCGACCCAGCGGUGGGCGGCGUCACAGGUUUCGGCACCGAGCACCAGUGCGUGAACUGGCAGGAAUUGAUGGACUGGAUGAGGGAUCAUGAAUGA